UCCCAUCGGUUUCACCUUCCCCUUGCCAGGCGGAAAAUCUUGCGGAGCUCCAGCCCAGCAGCACCAGCAGCACCAGCAGCGGCGGGGCUGAUCCUGGUUCCACCCACCGGGACUUUCCUGGCUUCCUCCAGCAGGGAGCGGGGGGAGAGGAGCGCUGGGAGGCAGGAGCAGCCCGGCAGCGCGGGGAGCGCGGCUCCUGCCGGGUUUCUACUGGCAGGAGCCACAGGAGGUCUGGCGGUGCCCGGCUCCCUCGCAGGACGAGCCCGGCGCUGCUGCCAUGGAGAGCGCGGUGGAGAUGGGCGCGGAGGCUGCGGGCAGCGGGCACGGAGCCGGGAUGCUGCUCCGCCAGGACCUGCGGAGGAUCCGCUGCGCGCUGCUGCUCUGCCUGCUGGCCGUGCUGCUGCUGAUGCUGCCCACCGCCUACCUGCUGCUCGGGAACCUGCGGGCCAACAGCUCCUGCGGCCAGGUCACAGAGGAGGGGGGCUCUCAUUUUCUGAAGCAACGAGCAGUGGCUGCUGUUACAGACACACUUUCCAGUGCAGAGAAGCCACGAGCUCACCUGACAGUGAAGAAGCAGGACCUGGCCAGCGCCGUGGGGAGCCACCUGCCCAUCCUGCAGUGGGAAGACAAGCGAGGCCUGGCCUUCACCAAGAACAACCUGAGCUACUCCAGCAGCGCCCUGGUGAUUCCCGUGUCCGGGGACUACUACGUGUACGCUCAGGUCACCUUCCGCGGGCCCGUGGAGAGCAGCCACAAGGCCAGCUCUGUCACUGAGGUCAUCACCAAGGUCACUGACAGCUACCCCGAGCCCACCCAGCUGCUGACGGGCACCAAGACCCUCAGUGAGAACAGCAAUGGUUGGUUCCAGCCCAUCUACCUGGGCGCUGUUGUCUCCUUGGAGGUGGGAGACAAGCUGAUGGUCAACGUGAGUGACAUCAAGCUGGUGGAUUACACCAAGGAGCACAAAACUUUCUUUGGGGCCUUCCUGCUGUAGGGCUCUGGCCUGCGGCAGCUGGUGGGGGAUCCCUCCAGGGUCAUCGGGGGGAUCUUGUUGGAUUUUGGCUUUGUGGGCGCGUGUUGGGGUGAGAUGUCUGCUGUUUGCCUCUUCCUCCUCCUCCUCCUUCUUCUUCUUAUUCCUCUGUGCCAUCACUCCCCUGCAGCUCACUAGAGCCUUAAUUUAAUGGGUAGGGAAAGGUGAAGCUGCAGGUUGGAGUGAAAUAACCCCAUAACCCCCCCAAAAAAACACAAGAAAAAACCAACCAAAAACUAACUAAAAAAAAAAACAAACCACACAAACCCCAAAACAACAUAAAAACCACCAAAACAACAAAGCAAACAAAAAACCAAAGACAACACUCAAAAAACCCCAAAACAAACAAAAAAAAACCAAAACAACAUUCAAAAAAACCGCAAAACAAACAAAGAAAAGCCAAACUAGAAAAAUGAAAGUCAUAUUGGAAGGGGGGGAAUGUAUUUUUGAAAGCAAAAGUUCUUCAAAACUUUGUAAGCUAGGGAGGAACAUUUGAUACCUGUGGGUAGGAAGUUUCCUCUUGAAUAUUGAGCUAGGUUAUGUUCCUAAUUCCACCUUCAAUGUACAAUUUCCUCAACUCCAAAACAAAACAAAAAGGGGUUUUGAGCUUUCUCCAGCACUUCCAGUAUAGUUUUGCAUGACCCUUCUUCAGAUUCUCCUUUCUAAAAGGUAAUUACUUCUCAUAAUUUCCUUAUGAAUACAUUUACUCAGUACUUUGCACUAACAUAAAGCUCAGGUUAAUUAUUAACUGCUUAAUUAAUCCCUUCCAACUUCCCUGUAAAGUAGAUUAAAAUUAUAUCUUGUGCUUUGCAGCAGCUACUUGAGAUUUUUGGUUUUUCCAAAAAAUUGUUUACAGUUCUCUAAGUCCAUAUACAGCCUCAAAAUAUUAUUCUGGAAAAGAUCUAGGGAACACACAAAAUGCUUUCUGUUUCAGCAUGAAAGUAGAAUGCCCCCUCCAGGUCCUAACUUUAGGAUAACAGGAAAAAAAAAAAGAAAAAAAAAAGAAAAAAAAAGAAAAAAAAAGACAAAACAAGGUAGAGAGAGACACAGAGAAAAACUUUGGACACUUUUAAAUCAGCCACCAAAAUUUUGGGAGAAAACCUCUGCAAUGUUUUGCUUUCCAUUAUACUUAAUGCAAGGCAAACGCAACUGAAGAAAUCACUGCUUGGGCUCCAGCCACAGCUGAUGGUGGCCCCUGGCCCCAAGGGACUCCCAGCCUUGCCCUGGGUGAAGGUUGGCCACCAGUUGUCCCCACAUGAGGUAAAAAGAUCCAAAAAAGGCACGACGCUGGUGGAGCUCAGGGCUGUUUAACUUCCCACCUUGCACUUACUCAUUUCCACAGACCUUUCUGCCUCUCAGGGAAAUUCCCAUUUUCCCCUCCCCUCCUGCAGCAAACACAUCUCCAGCAGUGGCUCAGGACCCUCCUGGGUUUGGACUUUACACCCUGAACAGCCCCGAGGUCUCACAGCCCAGCACCCACCCCCAACAGCAGGCUCCCUCUCUGCAGCUCUCCCCUGCCUCACCUCCUUGGAUCUCCUCCAUUUCUCCACUUCUUGCCCAGAAAUGGCAGCAAGGCUUUGUUGCCUGAGCUGAUGUUUCCACUCAAAGCCCUGUGGAGCCCCAAGUCCCCCCUUGGGUGGUGGGGAAUUGCAGCACUGGGGGUGAGGGGCUGUGUCUGCAGAACUGAACUGGGCACAGGCUUUGUGGUGGGGACAAUUCCAUGUGAGAUCCUGCAGCUCUGUCCAUGGCAAGCCCCUUCCCACCAGGAGACCUUUUAUUGCUCUGGAAGAUCUGCUUGAGCUGACAGGGAGAGUCAGUGGAGCAGGUGGAGCAGGGAGAGAGGCCAAGGAGAUUGGGAAGGGAGGAGAGGAGCAGAGCAGGAGGAGGGAAGGUCCAGGCAGCACCAGGAUCUCUUCAUGUCUUGGUGUGAGGACCUUCCUGCUGACAUGAAAACUGGCAGGUCUUCUGUGGUAAAUCAUCUCCAAGUGGAGGCUUUGUGCCCAUUCCUCCCUAUCCUGAAAUUCCUGGAUCCCACAGUCUGUCCUUCCCUGUUUUAGGCACAUCACAACAGCCGGGACUUUGCCACCCUGCCCUGCCCUCUUUUCCUGCUUCCAGAUUUUCCUUGAGCCUCAUCACUGAGUAUUGGCUCCUGGCACAACUCUGACUAUUUGGGGAGCUUGACAAAUUCCCUGCAUCAAAACCUGAUCCCAAUUUGGCUUCCCAUCCUUUCUUUGAUUCAUCCUUCACCUUCUGCACAUCCACAUCUCAGCUGUCCUCUUGACCCCUUCCUGCCCUCCUGGCCCUGUCCAUUAGGUGCAAGGACACUUCUUUGUCCAAAUGCCAUUUUUUACACUCAGUUUCUCCAGCCCACAAAGAAAACUGACAUCUCAAAAUAGGUUUGGAUUGGAGAAAGGAAAUUUCAUUAUCCUGCAGGCAGAUGGAAACACUCAGAGUCAAGGGAUCCUCUUAGGUCUUUACGAUCCAGAUCACUUUCAUCUUUGAGUCCUUAUUCCUGUUUUAUCUCCACCUGCCCAGCCUAGUUUUUUAAGCUGGGUCUGGAGCAAUUAUUCCCUAAUUAUCAAUUCAGUGCUUAGCACACAUGACCUCAGCCUUGUUCUGGAUCCAGCUCCUUCUCAGGGCUCUUCCUCCUGCUCAGAGACCCCCUCCACCAGGGUAAAACCUGGUGAAAUCCCCCACUCUUGGCACUUCUAUGCAAAAUUACUGCCAGUGAAACCCUGAGACUUUCCAUAUCUCAAAUUUUGUGAAGUGUUGCCUCAACACCUCACGUUGAGUCUUUGAUCACUUGGUUGUGUGCCCAAAACAGGAUCUGAACUCAUGAAAACACAAAAUCUGCAGCUUUUGGAACAUGCAGAGCACUUUAGGUGACCAGCACACAAAACAAUGUGGUCAGUCUCAUAAAGGAAGAUUUGAAAUCAUUUUUCCAAGACAGGUGAUCCCCAGCAAUUAGGCAGGAGAGCUUCUGCAAAGGGCAAAAUAGUGUGAAAUUGGUUUAUCCUUGGAGGAAAUUGGAAGGGAAAUUCUCUCUAUUCUGGGAUAAUUACAGCAAUUCAGAAAGCUUCUCUUUUCUACGAAUGAGCUGAUCAUUCUGAGGGCACAAGGCAAUCCUGACAGGCUGGGACAGCAGAUUUCCAGGGAAACUGUAUCCCAAGGCAUCAUCACUCAGUCCUGGUGUGCUGAACGAUGGGAAUUGUGAGGGCUGGGGCAGAGGAGUGGGGAAUGCACCAUGUGGCAUUCAAAGAGCCUUCUGUGGGAUAUCCACACACCUUUUUUUUUUUUUUUUUUUUUUUGGUGGACAUUCCAUAGAAGUCCCCAGGAGUUCCAUUGGCAAUAAUGAGCCUUUUCUAGCACAUAAUUUGUGUCCACUGCACACUAAAGAUGAAUUUCAGCAGCAAAACGUUGCCUGCUGCAGCUCCAUUCCAGGUGUGAUUCUCUUGAUCCAUAGAAAUAUUUAUUUUAGUCCAGUUCAAGCUUUUGCACCCCAUUACCCACACCAGCUUUGAGCACAUUUAGCUCACAUUUUAUAGGACAUAAAACAAUAUAUGUGGCAUUACUUGUUUUAAAGUGGUGCAGGCAUAUUGAUCCCCACAUGCAUCCUCAUGGAAAUUCUCUAUAUUCCCUUUUUUCCCCCUUUUCAGUGCUAAUAACGUUACUGUAACAGUGACCAGCACAUAAAAUAAGUGUUCAGGGGCUGAUUCUGCCCCUGUUUUAUAUUAGAUAUUCCUCCACAGAAGUCAAAGGUAUGAAGUCAGAGCAAAGCCACUUUGGUAAGACCAAAGUCAAGCUUAAAUGGAAAUAUCUCCAACACACUGAACCUAAACUGCGGAUUCUCAGAUUUUUGAUUUUUUUUUAAGUUACAUAAGAACACAAGCCUUCUUAGAAACUUGUGUUCGUUGAGCUAGAAAAUAUAAAGCAUUUCUGGAGAUGUGAAAAUGCCCAGGCAUCAGCAUUUUCAAUUAAAUGAGAAGCUGACAAGAUCUGCUCAGGGGAAGUAGUGACUUUAAAGUCUGUGGUCAAGCUGAACAUGUGCUUUGUUUUGGGAGGGGCUGUGAAACUAAAAUUAUUAUCAGGGAAAAAAAUGGAAUUUGGAGGAAAAAAGGAGGAAAUAAGCAGUUUGGGCUAAAUUAAGUUAAACAUAUGAUUUUAGGUUUUGACCCUUCCAUUUCUUAAGAAAAAGAACACAAAAGCACUUUUCAGAACAAAACCACUGAAAGAAGUAUCAAAUUAUUAUUAUUAUUAUUUAACUGCUCAAAAUAUCCUAGAUCUUAGGAGUUAGCUUCUUCCCUAAUCUCUUCCAUCCCUCAAAAUACUAACACUAAGCACAACCCAAAUUCAUCAAAGUUCAUUACCUACCACUUCCUUUCCCCUUAAAACUGAAUAUUGAUAAAUAAGCAUUAACUUUCUCUCCAUGGACAUGCAGAAGUAAAUUUUAAUCAAGGUAUAAAGAAAGCAGCUCCAAUCCUGCCAACAUUUAUUUGUGCUGAGCACGUGACUGAAGGGGAUCAUGGUAAAAACCAGCUCCUGUUUGGUGGAUGGGAGGAGUAAAACCUGCAGGCCUCAAAUUAAAAGUCACAGAAAGUUUUAAUUGUGUUUAUCCUCAGCUCCAUCAUGGUUUGGAGCAAACUUCCAAAUCAAGGAGUGACUGCAGGGACUGCCCAGCACAGGGGUGUUGGCAGGAUCAGAGUCCAAAGGGUGUCAAACAGCACCCAAAAAGAUGCUGCUGAGAUGAUUUUCUGGCAGGGGGUGUGAUGAGCAAACCUCUCUACAAAGGGGGUCCCCAACCAAGCCCAACAGAUUUAGGAAUUCACUUGAAAAUUCCAACACAAUAUUCCAGAAUUUUGAAGGGAUCUUGGUUUUUUCACCCCUCUAUGGCACAACUGACCACCCUGUCCUUUGCUUUAUUUAUCUUGUGAGUGGCCCAUCAUUUCAGGUGAGAAAUGAGGAGAGAAUUCGUUCUUUAGAAGAAUCAGAAAAUGUCAAGGAUCUUUGCCCCGAUGUGGGUGUUACACACCAGUAAUAGCAUUUUGCUAUUGUAAGGGAUUUUCCAGAAGGGAUUGUCUUUUGUCUUGUGCCUCAGCACUGAGAUGUAUCUUUACCACAAGAACUGACUUAACUUCUUUAUAUUUUCCCAAGUUUUAUGAUAAUAAAAAUGCAACUUAACAAAUGUGACCAUUUUUGAUCCCAGUCCCUUCCCAAAACACUAAUCACAAUUAAGAGUGACCAGCUAAUGCAGCCAGGCAGUGCUGAUGUAUAAGGAACCUGUUUGAUUGUGGGAAAAGUGUGAAUAAUCAUUCUUUUAUGCAGUUAGAGGUCCCUCAGCAGAGUGAAGUGGGGUCCAGACUUUCUCCUGAGAAUUUAGAGACACUUGCACUUCCUAGGGCAAAACCCAUACACAAAAACACCUCAGCAUUUUGGGAACUCUGUGUUCCCAACUGCUCAGCUCCUGGCUGACAGGCACAACCCAGCCAGGAAACUCUGGCCAAAUGAGAGUCAAAGUGAAGGCAGCAGAGCUCUGGGCACCCCCAACCCUGCUCCAGCUCCAGCUUGGCUGUCCUUACCCUCCCAGCAGAGCAGCAGCAUUCCCUGGGUAUUCAUUCCUCAUCCUGGCUGCUGUUAGCUGCCAAGAAUGCAAAUUCCUUUCUUUCCACCAGCAGAACUGAGAGACAUUCUCCCAUUUGCCAUGUUAUUUCUUAGUCUCAAAAUUUGUUUUGUUUUCCUGGCUUGAACUCGGAGCAUCACGUGUAAAUUGCUUCAGAAGAGGUUUCUGGGGAAGGGCUCUGUGCUCUGCCUCCAGGAAGGUUUUCACUGGAAUACUCUGAUGGAGGACAUUUGUUUCCCCUGCUUUCUACCCACUUGCGACCCCUGAGAGGUUUUGCUAACAGCCUCUGUAGAUCAGCCAGGAGUUGAUUAGACAGUGGGAAUCAGGCUGCUUUCCCCUGUGACAUCAAAAAGAUGUUACUUGCUGUUAUGUUGGGGUUUUUUUCUUUUUUAAUCCAAUAACUACCUCACAUUUAGCAAAAGCAAAACAGAAUUUUAUUAUUAUUAUUUUCUAUUUUAACUUGAGCAGAGCAGAAUUCAAUUUCACUGCCAUUCUACUCCGUGCUUUGCACAUUUAGAGUAAUAACUUGAGAUUCUUUGUGGUCUAAACAAACUGAGUGUGAGCACUGUGCUGCAUUUUGGCUUCCUUGAAUCAUAUCAAAGGUGUCUGCUCUCAAUGAAUCCAGGCUCCCUUGAGAGAGUGGAGGGGGAGAGAGGCACAUCCCUGGAAGGCUGCACAUCCUAGGGAAGGUGGGGAAAACUGAGGUGCUUCUCUGCCAGGCUGGAGAGGGAUUUUUGUGGUGUUUCUCUGGGUAAAGAUGACCCAACAGCUGGUGAAAGGGAAAACCCCGCUGCUCUCACUGUGGGGUGGGUGGAUAAAUCUCUGUGGGGAGGUUCCUGCAGGGUUUAAUGUUAAAUAAGGACUUGGACACGAAUCCUGACCUCACUCUGAUCCUGGAAAGUCACUCCAGGAAAUCCACGCUGCAGAGCAGGACACUGCCCACAGGAGCUGGGCAUUCCCAGCCCUCCCUGCUGGCUGUGACCAGCCACAGCUGGACUGAGCCCUCUCAGCCUGUCCCCCUCUCCCAGCUGGGGACAGGAUCCCAGGGGACACAUCCAGCUCUGGGGCUCUCUCUGGCAAGGCUUCAUCCCCAUGGAGGAUGCAGCACGAGCUGAGACAAACUGGAAAUUAUUUUCCAUCCCAGGAAGGUCCAACCCCAUAAAAAUCCCAUCUGAUGGGCAGGGAUGUGUUUCCCAUCCCCCUCAGCAUCCAGACAGGUUCCCAAAAGAAACCAGAGCUCCAGUUCCAUUUCUUGGUGAGUCCUGGUGCCAGCACUGGCUACAAUCCUCUCCCCGAGUGUGAACUCUGCAGUGACACUUCCAAAUUCCCAUUUCCUGAUUGUUAAUUCCCUUGGAACAACAUGAAAAUCAUUGCCUGGGAGAUCAUAACCCAGUUUAUUAAGCAACAUAAGUCAGCAGUGUUGAGUUUUUUUGCUGAAUUAUGAACUAAAAUAGCUUUCCAGCUGCUCUCAUUCUUGCCCAAAUCUCCUUAUGUUCUGCCAUUGAUUGUAGAGUUUUAUAUUAAAACGUCAAAAAAAGGCACUGAAAAGGUUUGCUGCAUAUUUAUUGGUACUGUACAUAGAGAUGUCUUAAUUUUAUGGAAGAGAAAUUGUAAUAUUCAUGGUAUAAAGUUUAGAUCUAUUAUACUUGAUGCUAUUUCUUUGGGAAAUUAAGUUUAUAGAUAGUUCUUUAAAAUGUUCUUUAUGUCUUAAAGCAAAAAAAAAUAAAAUUAAUUGGAUUCAUA